AUGGCCACCCAACAAUUCCCCGACACCGAAUUUCCAUACUCACUAACCAUAUCCCUCCCACUCCCAACGCAUCGUCUGGCAUCCUCUGCCCUCCAGACCCUCGAAGUCGACUCCGAGCUCUCACCACAUGUGCGACGCACCUUUACCCUGACGGCCCCCGCCUCCGAAACCCCCAGCGAGCCGCAAGAGAAGAAGCAGAAGCAGGAUCCGGACGAGUCGAAGACCGUUCUGCAGACUACCUAUCGUGCGACCACGAACCGUAUGCUUCGAGUCGCGGUGAACGGAUUCAUGGAAAGCCUGGGCGUGGUCCUAGGCGUGAUGGCAGAGCUUGAUGUGGACGUUCUCAAGGCGGAGAUUGAGGGAUGA